AUGGUCUCUGAUCCCGCAGCCACUCGAGAGCCUUCCUCUCCUUCCCUCUCGUCCCUAUCUUCCCACCCUCAUAAUGCCAACAACACCCGUAAAGUCCUGUCAUCUGCGUCCCGCCAUUCUGGCUCUGGCCUAGACUUUUACGAUUACGACGGUCCUGUCACGUACUCCACCGAAGCUUUGUUACACCAUUCUCCUCUAGACGUGAUGCAGAAACCCUUCCUGAAUGGUUUGAAUGGUGAGAAAGAGACUGGGCUUCCUCGUCUGCAGGCCAGUGACCAUCUCGAUCACCAAGAUCAGUUGAACCCUGUCCUCGACGAUGACCCGGCGUCCUAUAAUCUGGUCGCGCCGCCUCCAGCAGAAGAACGAGAGCCAUUCUCUCUCGAAACCCAGACGACUGCGCUUUUCUCAAAGAGUCAUCUUCAGGUCAUCUUCGGAGAUCCGGCCUUCUUGUUCAAAUUUACGUCCUUCCUUGGCCUACACAGACCCAAAUCGGUCCCGAUCCUCGUCCACUACCUCGAUUCCCUCAAAUCGAUUCGUGCCAUUCAUUAUGCAAAUGCGAUAUGCGAAGGUUUGGAUGCGGUCGAGGGUCUGGACUUUACACAAACCCCGGUCAAACUUACAAUCAACACUUUUUUGGAGGAGAGGGCUCGCAAGGCAUUUGAUGUCUUGGUGACAGAAGAACUACCCGCUUUCAUCACCCACCAGUACAUUCAAAUUGUCAGCGCAAGCAUCAUCGCCAGAGUCACAGGCGCCUUGACGCCCGAUCUUCGAGAUGAUUCAGACGGCUUGGCUGAGGUUUUUUGUCUGACGGAUCCAUCAAGGCAGGACAAUCCGAUCGUCUUUGCCUCGGAAGAGUUCAAUCGUACCACCCAAUAUGGCAUGAACUAUAUUCUAGGUAGAAAUUGUAGGUUUCUGCAGGGUCCCAUGACCAAUCCUCACAGUGUCCGAAGACUUCGAGACAUGAUCAAAGCCGGGAAACAUCAUCAAGAAGUCUUUUUGAACUAUCGACGAGAUGGGUCUCCCUUUGUCAACCUCUUGAUGAUUGCGCCACUGUCUGAUAGUCGGGGUGUGGUCCGCUACCAUAUCGGCGCUCAGGUGGAUGUCACUGGCCUGGUCAAGGACUGUACAGAGAUGGACUCAUUACAAAAGCUGCUGGAGAUGCGAGAGCGGGGCGAGGAGCCCGCGCUUCCCGAGAAGCCGAAUCCUGACAAGAACGAUGAACUUCGAGAGCUGAGUGAGAUGCUCAAUCAAGGAGAGUUAGGCACCAUUCGCAGACACGGAGGAAAGAUGCAUAAAGAGGUAGCUGAAGAGGACAUGGAGAGCGUGGGAUCGCAUCAACCACGACUGUUGAUCAAGGACCCCGAGACGCUGGCUGCUAGUGCUGGCAGUAUAAACGGAAGGUUAAGUGGAGUGUACCAAAACUAUCUACUGGUUCGACCCUACCCAUCACUGCGAAUCAUAUUUGCAAGUCCUACGCAACGACUACCGGGAAUCCUACAAUCACCCUUCAUGAAGAAGAUUGGGGGUUCGAAUCGCGUUCGUGAAGAGUUGGCGGCUGCUUUUGCCGAGGGUCGAGGCGUGACUGCCAAAGUACGGUGGGUUAGUCGCGCUGACGAGCAGGGCAAGAACAAAUGGAUUCACUGUACACCACUGGUGGGAAAUCAAGGCCAAGUCGGCGUUUGGAUGGUGGUCAUCGUUGACGAUGAUAAUACUCCUGACCGGUACGCCGCUGCGAAUGGACGUCCACCGCCCACUGUGGCCACCCCUGAAAGAAGCUGGACCCCGGCGAAUGGACAUCGAGGCCAUGGAUCGAGUCGAAAUGGAUCUAUUGACGAGGGUAAUCAAGAAGAGCGGGUGUAUGCGGGCAGCCUAGGAAGUGUCAGUGGCAGUGUCACGAGUCUCCGAAUUGUCUAA